AUGUAUUUUAUAGAUAUAAAUUCAACCAGUAUAUCAGAAUUUAUGGAUAAUAAUAAUAGUAGUGAUGAAUUAGAAGAUGCAUUAAAAAGCAAUCAAAAACUAGGAGGGAAAGGAAAAGGAAAAAGAAUGAAAAAGAAAGUAAAAGAGUUGUUGAAAAGUUUUUUUUUGAAAGGAAACCUCAAUCAAAAGGAUAAAAUGUCAGCAAAUGAGAUGUAUAAUGAACUACUGAUAUUUGUUGAAUCUGGAGAGUUAGAAGCCGAAGAUAUUCCUAAGAUAGCAACAAUACAAAACUGGAUUUCAACUUAUACACGAACAUUCAAAGAACAAGCUACAGAAAAUAUGGUAAACAACGCACCAUAA